CCGAAGAGGCCCCAGCUCCCAAGGGGCUGAGAAGCUGGAGCAUUGGUGAGGGGGGGAGGAGCCGAACCAGAUUCUUGCAAGACCCCCACCCCCCAGGAAGCAUGAACAGGAAGGACAGCAAGAGGAAGUCCCACCAGGAAUGCUCCGGGACGACAGGAGGCCGGGGCCGGCCCCGACAGGCCCGGCGCCACAAGACGUGCCCCAGCCCGCGGGAAAUCAGCAAGGUCAUGGCCUCCAUGGCCCUGGGCAUGCUCAACGAGGGCGGCUGCAGCGAGGACGAGCUGCUGGAGAAAUGCAUCCAGUCCUUCGACUCAGCUGGCAGCCUGUGCCGCGGGGACCACAUUCUCAACAUGGCGCUGGCCAUGCACAGCUGGGUGCUGCCUUCUGCCCACCUUGCUGCCCGUCUGCUGACCUUGUACCAGGAGGCCACAGGGAACAAGCAGGAACUGAGGCGGCUGCAGAUCUGUCACCUGGUCAGGUACUGGCUCACCCAGCACCCUGAGACGGUGCACCAGGAGCCCCAGUUAGAAGAAGUGAUAGGCCGCUUCUGGGCUGCAGUGGAGCAGGAGGGCAACGCGGCCCAGAGGAGCCUGGGAGACCCCUCCAACCUCCUGAGCCCCGGCGGCCCUGGCCCCCCAACCCCCAUGAGCAGCCCAGGCCUGGGCAAAAAGCGCAAAGUGUCCUUGCUGUUUGACCAUCUGGAGACCGGGGAGCUGGCCCAGCACCUCACUUACCUGGAGUUCCGGUCCUUCCAGGCUAUCACGCCCCAGGACCUGCGGGGCUACGUUUUGCAGGGCUCCGUGCGGGGCUGCCCGACCCUGGAGGGCUCCGUAGGGCUCAGCAACAGUGUGUCCCGCUGGGUGCAGGUCAUGGUGCUGAGCCGCCCCGGGCCGGCACAGCGCGCGGAGGUGCUGGACAAGUUCAUCCACGUGGCACAGAGGCUGCACCAGCUGCACAAUUUCAACACGCUGAUGGCGGUCACGGGGGGCCUGUGUCACAGCGCCAUCUCCAGACUCAAGGACUCCCACGCCCACCUGAGCCCUGACAGCACCAAGGCCCUGCUGGAGCUGACAGAGCUCCUUGCCGCCCACAACAACUACGCCCAGUACCGGCGCGCCUGGGCCGGCUGCACCGGCUUCCGGCUGCCCCUCCUGGGGGUGCACCUCAAGGACCUCGUGUCCCUGCACGAGGCCCAGCCCGACAGGCUGCCUGACGGCCGCCUGCACCUGCCCAAGCUCAACAGCCUCUACCUGCGGCUGCAGGAGCUGGCCGCCCUGCAGAGGCAGCGCCCGCCCUGCAGCGCCAACGAGGACCUGCUGCACCUGCUCACGCUUUCCCUGGAUCUCUUCUACACGGAGGACGAGAUCUAUGAGCUUUCCUAUGCCCGGGAGCCCCGCUGUCCCAGAAGCCUGCCACCCUCCCCCUUCAAAGCGCCCCUGGUGGUGGAGUGGGCCCCUGGCGUGACUGCCAAGCCUGACAGAGUCACCCUGGGUCGGCAUGUGGAGCAGCUGGUGGAGUCUGUGUUCAAGCAUUAUGACUCCGAAGGCCGCGGAACCAUCUCCCGGGAGGACUUCGAGCGUCUCUCAGGCAACUUCCCCUUUGCCUGCCACGGGCUUCACCCGCCCCCGUGCCAGGGGAGUGGUACCUUCAGCCGAGAGGAGCUGACGGGGUACCUGCUGCGGGCCAGCGCCAUCUGCUCCAAGCUGGGCCUGGCCUUCCUGCACACCUUCCACGAGGUCACCUUCCGCAAGCCCACCUUCUGUGACAGCUGCAGCGGCUUCCUCUGGGGUGUCACCAAGCAAGGCUACCGCUGUCAGGACUGUGGGCUGUGUUGCCACAAACACUGCCGAGACCAAGUGAAGGUGGAAUGUAAGAAGAGGCCAGGGGCCAAGGGUGACAUGAGCUCCCCAGAAGCCCCCAUCCCACCCACACCAGCUCCCCAUGCCAGCUGUGCAGGCUCCGAGGACCACCUCUCCUACACACUGUCCCUGGAAGCCGAGACGGGGCGCCGCCUCCGCCACGCGUGGACCCAGACGGAGCCCCCACACCCUUCCUGGGAACCCAAGCUGGUCCCCCUCCCGGCGAUGGCCUCACCACCCACGCAGUCCUCCAAGCCGGACUCCUAGACCUGCCUCGGUCGCUUCUCUCUCCCCUCCCCUGGAUCAGGGCUGAGUCCUGUCACUGGGCCUCCAGCAGAAUCCCACGGGCAUCGCGGGCGUCCCACCACACUGCCUUCGUGGAGGCAUCCACCAUCUCUCACUCUGAAAGUCACUUUCUUCUUUUGCAUCAGAGCGGCUAUUAAUUGUACCCCUUUCUCCCGCACCGAGGAUCUGUGCGGCUCCAUGUUGGGUGCGUUUAGACUUAGGCACCAUCUCACCGACUCCUUAAAUCUCCGUUUUGCAGAUGAGGAAGCUGAGGCCCAGUGAGGUUAAGCUGCCCACAGAGGCAGGACUCAAAACCAGGUCUUCGUUUGCCUCUACAACAUCAGUUCCUGCCUGGUGUGCUACACUGACAGCGUGGGUCAGGAGCGGGAGGGGACAUGCUGGGCAGAGUUCCAAACUCUGGGGCUUCAGAGACAGGAGAGACGGCUAGAGAAGGGGUGAACAGGGACCCUGCGGACACCUGAGCCGUCCAGUGGCUCCAUCUCUCUCAGGGGGAAAGCCAGAGUCCUCCCAGUGGCCCACCCAACACCACCUGACCACCUCCUACCUCUCCAACCUCACCUCCACCACUCACAUCCUCACUCAUCCUUCUUCCGCCAUACUGGGCUUGGUGGUCCCUGAACAUGCCAAAAAUCCUACCUCAGGGCCUUUGCACUGGCUGUUCCCUCAGCCUGGAACGCUCUUCACCAGAGGACCACAGGGCUCCCUCUUUGGGACUUAGCUCAAGUGUCACCUUCUCAGUGAGGCCUCCUCAAUGAUGCUCAAAGUUGCCAUCCUCCCACAGUGCCGAUCCUGCCUUCCAGUUUUAUUUCUCUCCAAAGUCUUUUCCCCACGUGACAAACUAUCUUUUUUACCUGUUUCUCCGGUCGAAUGUCUGCCCCUCCUCCCCAGAAAUGGCAGCUCCGGGAGAGCAGGGGUUCAUCAUCUGUAUCUUUCCCCACUGCAUCCCCAGUGCCUAGAACAGGGCUGGCACCUGGUGGGCCCCUGAUAAGUGUUUGUCCGAUGCUGCGUGUCUGAUGCUGCGUG